UGCUGCUGCUGCUCUUGCGCUCUCUCUCUCUCUCUCUCUCUCUCUCUCUCUCUCGACGAGCGAUGGAUUCCAGAGAAACCAACUCGAACAAGAGCAACCUUCCCGGGAGACCUUCCUCCCCCAAAAGACAAAAGAUCGAGAAAGCAAAUCAAAUCACUCACGAUGGACAACAGAGUCCGUUAACCGUUGGUAAUCAACUGAACGGGAGUAGUGCACCGUCCCAAAUUCUGCUGGGGAUAACUUUACCGAAUCAAAUCAUGCACAAUGGGCAACAGAGUCCGGUAGCCAUUGGCAAUCAACCGAACAGGAGCAGUGCACCAUCCCAAUUUCUGUCGGGCAUAACAAAACCAAAUCAAAUCACGCACUAUGGACAACAAAGUCCGGUAACCAUUGCCAAUCAACCGAACAGGAGCAAUGCACGGUCCCAAUCUUUGCCGGGCACAACUUCACCAAAUCAAAUCACGCACAAUGGGCAACAAAGUCCGGUAGCCAUUGUUAAUCAACCGAACAGGAGCAGUGCACUGUCCCAAUUUGUGCCGGGCAUAACUUCACCAAAUCAAAUCACGCACAAUGGGCAACAAAGUCCGGUAGCCAUUGGUAAUCAACCGAAUAGGAGCAGUGCACCGUCCCAAAUUCUGCCGGGCAUAAUUUUGGCAAAUCAAAUCAUGCACGAUGGGCAACAAAGUCCGGUAGCCAUUGCCAAUCAACCGAACAGGAGCAAUGCACCGUCCCAAUUUGUGUCAGGCAUAACUUCACCAAAUCAAAUCACGCACAAUGGGCAACAAAGUCCGGUAACCAUUGGUAAUCAACUGACCAGGAACAAUGCACCAUCCCAAUUUCUGUCGGGAAUAACUUCACCUAAUCAAAUCACGCACAAUGGGCAACAAAGUCCGGCAGCCAUUGUUAAUCAACCGAACAGAAGCAAUGCACCGUCCCAAUUCAGCUACAUGAAUCCCAAUCAAAUUCUGCCGGGUUUAGAGGUGACGCCCAUGUUUCCAUUAAGCGUUCAAGCGAAACUUCUACGACAAUUAUGGAUGGAGAAAGUAAAGCAAACCAUGCAAAAUGGGCAACAAAUUCCGAUAACCACUGGUAAUCAAACGAACACGAGCAAUCCACCUUCCCAAUUUCUCCCGGCUAUAGGUUUGGGGGCGACGCCCGUGUCUCCAGUAAAUUAUUUUCUUAGGGAUCAACUUCUACGACGAUCACUGCGGCAACAACAGAGGUUGACUAACGGAGCGCCAAUGGUUCCGAAAUGCAGUAUGCAACAGACGUCAAAAGCUUUGGAUACCAAAGACAAUAAUGCUCCCAUACCAGCUGAUCCUGUAUCUUCUCAAGCAGGACAGGGAGAUGAAUCAAUCAAGCGGAAGGAAGUAUUGUUAGGCAUACCGACACCUUGUUCCAAGCUUCUGUCAAAGCAUCCUUUGCAGGUUGUGGAAGAUGCAAACAGAAAGGCACCCACGUCCGCCAUCUCCCCCAGCACUGCAGCACCCAUAAAAGAUAUCGUUUCAGGGAUUCUUGAUGGCAGAGGAAUAUUGGUCACAUUUGGAAAUUUCCCAUAUUAUUUAUGUGACAGAACAAAACAUGCGCUGGUUGCAUCCUUCUUUCUACACAGGAAGCACAAAGAGUACGCGAGAUGUAACGCUGAUGCUGGAAGAUUUAGAAUUAUUUUCUCGGGUCCUAAAGGUUCUAGGAUUUAUCAAGAGAAGUUGGCAAUGGCACUUGCUCAUCACGUUGGGGCUAAAUUGCUUGUACUGGGUAACUCUUUUUUCCCAGCUGAUAUGUCUACAAUGGGUAUAGGGCCAUCACGUGAUGUGUUGUGGACCCACUUCCGCCACCGCGCUACUCAAUCCCUGGCAAAUCCUUCUCAUUCUGAAAUGAACAAUCAUUCUUUCAAAAAAGGUGAUCGAGUGGUAUUUGUGGGUUCAAAUUCUGGUGGCUUACGCUUGACGGAUUCACCUAGGGGCCCUACUUUUGGAAGCCUGGGAGAAAUUGUUUCCACUUCUCAAGUCAGCUAUUUAUCGAAACUUGGUGUAAGGUUUGAUAACCCUAUCCAUGGAGGCCUAGACCUAGGAGGUCAAUGUAAAGCAGGUUAUGGCUUCAAUUGCAAUGCUAAUGAACUUUGUCUGGACCCCACAACACUCAAGGAUUUCGACAAAUCGAUCACCAACAACUAUCUGGAGGCCAUAAUGUGUGCGAGCCGAGAUUCUCCUUUAAUUUUGUUCGUGAAGGAUGUUGACAAGUUUGUUCAAGAAAGUUCGGAAGCUUACCUCGUAGUGAAAUAUCUUAUCAACAAGCUUCCUGUAAAUGUUUUUGUGAUUGGUUCACAGACGGAUACAGAGAACAACAAAGAAACGGAAAGCUAUUUUGGCAAAUAUGAGAAAGACAUGAAGCUUACUCUGACGGCAAAACUUCUAUCAAACCUUUUCCCAAAUCAAAUACCUAUUGAGAUGCCAGAGGAUGAGAAACAUAUUGCUGUCCUAAAGCAUAAAUUCUCUGAGGACUCUGAACUGAUAAUAGCAAAAGAAAAUAUCACGUGCCUUCGGAAUGUUUUGAUCCGAAGUGGUUUGGAUUCCGAGGAACUUGAGGAAUUAAGCAUCGUGCAUCAAACACUUACAUAUGAAAGUGCAAAAAAGGUAGUCAAAUGGGCUCUUGGCUACCAGUUAAUGGAGUACCCACAAAGCAUUGAAAAUCCAAACCUUGUUUUGUCCUUAGAAAGCGUUGAGUAUGGUGUUAAUGUUUUACGGGAGACCCAACCAGAACUGAAGACCUCAGAGAAGUUGCUCAAGGAUGUUGUAACGGAGAAUGGAUUUGAGAAAAAUCUCCUAGGUGAAGUUAUUCCUCCCAAUGAAGCUGGAGUGAAGUUUGAUGAUGUUGGAGCCCUCGAAAAUGUGAAGGAUACGUUGAAAGAGUUGGUUAUGCUUCCUUUGCAAAGGCCUGAAUUAUUCUGUAAGGGGCAACUAAGGAAGCCUUGCAAGGGGAUACUUCUAUUUGGUCCCCCAGGAACUGGGAAGACCAUGCUUGCAAAGGCUAUAGCCACUGAAGCUGGAGCAAAUUUUAUCAAUAUCUCAGCAUCCACGAUUGCCUCAAAGUGGUAUGGCGAUGCUGAGAAGUACGUGAGGGCUGUUUUUUCACUAGCGAUCAAAAUUAGUCCUAGCAUUAUUUUCGUCGAUGAGGUUGACAGCUUGUUGGGACACAGAGGAAACCACGAGCAUGAACUGACGCGUAGGAUAAAGAAUGAGUUUAUGUUGAAUUGGGAUGGUUUGCGUACAAAAGAUGGGGAACGGGUUUUGGUUCUUGCUGCCACAAACAGACCCUUUGACCUUGAUGAGGCUGUUAUUAGGAGGAUGCCACGCAGAUUUAUGGUGAACUUGCCCGAUGCUCCAAACAGAACUAAAAUUCUGCAAGUAAUACUGGAGAAAGAAGAGUUGUCUCCCGAUGUUGACUUUGAUGUAAUUUCCAGGAUGACAGAUGGAUAUUCUGGAAGUGAUUUGAAGAACCUCUGUGUCACUGCUGCAUACUGCCCCAUCAGAGAGAUAUUACAGUCCGAAAAACAGAAAAAUGCUGCUACCGUACCAGACGUGGAGUCCAUGCCAGCAUUGAACAACACUUCUGAAAUUCGGCCGAUAAGUAUGGAGGACUUCAAGUAUGCUCGAGAACAGAUCAGUGCUAGUUUCUCGACCGAGUCCAUGAACAUGAGUGAGCUAUUAAAGUGGAAUGAAUUGUAUGGUGAAGGAGGUUCACGGAGGAAGACAACUCUGAGCUACUUCCUGUGAAGUAUUUUUUCAGUCUUUUGUUCUGUUUUUAGGGUUGAGUUUUCUCCUUUCCUAUAUGGUCUUUUCCAUAACGUACAUUCAAAUGGUGCUUCUUCUUCUUUUCUUUUUUGGGUUUUUUGAGUGAAAUGUGGGAAUCCAAAUAGAAUUCCCUGGGCUAGGUGUGUUGUGAUGAUAGCAAGUAUAGUGAGUUUACAUGUUUUGUGGAAUUGCCAAUGCUCAUAUAGAGGCUAGGCUCUUCCUUCUGUAUAGUGAGUUCACGUGUUAGGGAUGUCUAAAGUUGGCAAUUUUUUUUUCUUUUGCAAUA